AUGAGGUUAUUGUUCAGAUACCAAGACGUGAAUGAGGUGGUCGAAGGAGAGUUUCAAGAAUUGCCGACAGGUGUCGCAGAUGAAAGAAAGGUUGAGCAAAGAAAGAAGGAUAAUAAAGCAUUGUUUCUAAUCCACAAAUGCGUGGAUGAUGCGCACUUCAAAAAAAUCCAACAUGCAAAGACAGCGAGAGAAGCAUGGAGCAUUCUUAUGUUGGAGGGUGAUAGAGUCAAAGAAUAUUUUGAUAAAGUGGUUACCAUAACCAAUCAAAUGAAGGGAUGUGGGGAGGUCAUCACGGAUCUAAUGAUUGAUGAACAAGCACUGAAGGUUCAUCAUGGAAAGAGUGAUACAAAGAAGAAACAAAAGAAAUGGAAAGGGAAAAAAGGAAAUUGGAAGGCGUGCAGACCAAAAGAUGAUCAAGAAGAUGAGUCGAAUGCAGUGGAGGGCAAAGGCAGAUCUGAAAAAUUUCAGAAAAAGAAAGAUAAGAGAAGCAUUGAGUGCUUUAAUUGUCAUAAGUAUGGACAUUAUGCAUAUGAAUGUUAUGCUAAUAAAGGAAAACAGAAGGGGCAACAAGACAAGAAAGCUUAUGUUGCUCAAGAAAAUUCAGAUUUUGAGCCUUUAACUCUGAUGGUGACUACCACUGCUGAAGGUUCAAGCUCGCAGAUUGAGUCCUAG